AUGGCUGACCACGGCAAUAACAACCCUGGCAACUUUGCCAACCAUCCCACAGAGGAGGUCCGCGAGAUCGCGGCCAAGGGCGGCCGGGCCAGCCACAAGAACGACAACAACGCCGCUAGCGACGAGGCUGGCACCGGCGGCGGCCAGGGUCUCAACAGUGUCUCCGACAACCCAGGCAACUUUGCCAAUCGCCCUAAGGAGGAGGUGCGCGCCGUCGCAUCCAAGGGCGGCCAAGCCUCGUCGGGCAGUUUCGAGGCUGGCAGUGAGCGAGCCCGCGAGGCCGGCCGCAAGGGCGGCUUGGCGCUGGGAGGCAGUGGCGGUGACGAUGAGUGA